UCACAUAAGUCUUGACAUCAGUAUACAAAGGGGUGCUGGGACAGGUCGCCAUUCCUGAAAAUGGAAGCUCCAUUGCAUGACCAACAUAUUUUUGCCAGCAGGGUCCAGGGAUAGAUGAGAUUUUUUUUAUUUGGUAUCUUGUAAUGUGGAUUGUUUGUCUGGGCCAGAGGAGGUUAAAAGACACACUGAACUUUACUUGGCAGUCUUCUAUCCCAGUCACUAGGGCUAUCCUGUCUGUUGGUGAGACCAUUCCAAACAUGAGCCUGACACUGGUGAAGUUUUGUUGACACGGGGUGGUCGUCUUGGUGUCACUGUGUUGGAAAUUUCCCCGAAGUUGGGUUGACAGCUUGGAGUGUCGUGAGAGAUGUAGGUAGACAAACUAGACUGCUGCUCUCCGCUGUGACUGUCCUAGCUACACCAAGUUUAAGGUUGGGUUGACACAGAGGGGUGACGUUAACAUCAAAUGCUGUCACUGUGACGGUGUAUUUACCUUAACUACCUGACCAGACGUAACUCUGUGACAUAGAGAAGUGAGGUUGACAUCUCUUACUGUCACCAAGGACUUACAUACAGAGACAUAUAUAUCCUUACUGUCACCAACUGAAUUAAGCUAGAGGUAAAACUAUGUUUACACUGUAAAAAAGACCUGACAUUUAGUAUUACAUAGCUGUCAGUGUGCCUUCCCUGAGUGGUCUGACUGCAGCAGACGAUGACGAUUUGGAAGGAUUAACAUCACACGUCUGGCUGUAACUGACUCGAACCCUGGUGAAGAAAACCUUAUUUUUAUUAAAACUGAGUGCAGGAGUGAUACCUUUGUUACUGCAGUAGUUGAGUGCAGGAAAAGGACUGAUUUGAUAUCAAGAGGAAGAAUUUUUGUACCUUUCAUCCUCCAUCAUGAGUUACAUAGAGUGGGAGAGGCUGAGGAUGGAGGUAGAACUGGUCGUCAUGGCAACAGUUAACUCCACCAGGAUGGCCAGCAACAUUAACGUGGUCAAACAAAUCCACAAGCAGUUUCUAAGCUGUGGUAUCUGUCUACAGCAGUACACCAACCCCAAGGUACUGCCUUGUCUACACACCUUCUGUGAACUCUGUCUCUACGAUUACAUUCCCUUGGAGAGUCUCUCUGUUAGCUGUCCUCUGUGCAGGCAGCAGUCAAUAUUACCCCAGGAAGGGGUGUCAGGACUACAGUCAAAUUUCCUUAUUAAUAACCUGAUGGAGAUGCUGGAGAACCCUCAGUUGUGCACCAGCUGUGACAGUGGUGCUGUGGCCAAGACAAAGUGCACAAACUGUAACCACUCACUCUGUGAAUCCUGCUCACAGCUACACAAACAAGAUGUUGACUUACAGACACAUGAUCUAGUCAGCCUGGAUAAAUUAUCACCUUCUGAGUCUAAAGAAGGAAUGCUGCCCCAGCUUGUGUGUCCCAACCAUCAGGGAGAGUUGUUAAAGUUUUACUGUGCCUCCUGUGAUACCGCAGUAUGUGAGGAGUGCACAGCGCUGGAGCAUCACGACCACCGAAUUACGACAAUGGAAGACGCCAUACAGGAACACCAAUCAGCUCUCAGGAAUUUGAUCCACAAUGCUCAGGCCCGUAUCCCUGUGAUCGAAGACGCCAUUACUGUGGUCAGUAGUGUGUCCACUGCGCUCUGUGAUAAGUUCAAGGAGGCAGAGAUGCAGAUAAGUGAUGCCUUCGAUGCACUUAAUGAACUCAUCGAUCAGCGAAGAAACAAGUUGCUCUCAGACCUGGAGUCCACACACAAAGUAAAGCAAGCUACCCUACAUUCACAGAAGCAAACUCUCCUGGACAUUCUGACUAAUAUCAAUGACUGCUGUCAGUUGACAGAAAAAGCUCUCACUCAUGGCAGUGAGACAGAUAUCUUGCUUAUGAGGAAAGAGAUGACAGCUAAACUUAGCGAUCUCUCCGCUCUAGAGGUGCAGUGUAUGCCUGAGGAGAAUCCAUCUCUCAGCUUUGUCGAUUGCAAUUUCUCAGAUGUUGCUGAAGUAGUGGAGAAAGUUGGCAAAGUGGAAACCAACAGCGCGGUGGCGUUUGAGACCACAGCAUCUGGAGAAGGUCUGCGCAGGUGUUACACAGGGAAGAAAGCCAUGUUGUCUGUCACCACUAAGAACCGCCAUGGAGAACUGCUCAAGGUCGGCCACUGUUCACUCACUGCACAGAUCACAUCAACAAAUGGUGAAGUCUUCACUCCUACUGUCAUAGACCAGAACAACGGUACCUAUGACCUCACGUAUAUUGUGCCGAGUGAUGGCUCCUAUCAGCUGGAGAUCAGGUUGUAUGGUCAACAAAUCAAGGGAUCUCCCUUCAGUGUCCAGGCCUACCCACCCCCAGCCAGUGGUGAGAGACCCCUCAGUGCAAGCAAGAUUCCCAAGACGCUAGCCGUCAAGCAGAAGGGAACCAAGCGGCCACCCAGCUCAAAGUCGUCAAAUAGGAGAAGUAACCCCAUUGAUGAUGACUUGAUAUUGAGAGUUGGCGCCAAGGGGAGGAACCGAGGGGAGUUCAGCAAUCCCCAAGGCCUGUGCACCACUCCCAAAGGUUUGAUCAUCGUGGCUGACAGCAACAAUCAGUACAUGCAGGUUUUCACUAACUCGGGGGAUUUCAAGAUGAAGUUUGGUGUUCGAGGUCGCAGCCCGGGGCAGGUACAGCGCCCCACGGGAGUGGCAGUCAGCGCCAACGGCAACUACUUAGUGGCAGACUACGACAACAAAUGGGUCAGCAUAUACUCUCCUGAUGGCAAAUACCUCAACAAGAUCGGAACAGGAAAGCUUAUUGGGCCCAAGGGUGUCGCAGUGGACAACAAUGGUCACAUCAUUGUUGUGGACAACAAAGGAAGCAGCAUUUACAUUUUCCAGUCUAAUGGGAAACUCCUCCACAAGUUUGGUACCAGAGGUAACGAGGAGAACCAGUUUGCUGGACCACAUUACGUAGCAGUCAACAGCAACAAUGACAUCAUCAUCUCUGACUUCCACAACCACUGUAUCAAGGUGUUCAACUGUGAGGGAACGUUCCUGUUCAGUUUUGGCUCCAAUGGAGAGGGCAUGGGUCAGUUUAAUGCACCCACAGGGGUGGCUGUAGACAAACAGGGCAACAUCAUUGUGGCUGACUGGGGGAACUCCAGGCUACAGGUAUUUGACCAGAAUGGUUCCUUCCUGGCCUUUGUGAACACUCAGACGGACCCCCUGUAUGGUCCCCAGGGAGUGGCAGUGACCAGUGACGGACAUGUGGUGGUCUCUGACUCUGGCAACCAUUGCUUCAAGAUCUACAAAUAUCUCCAGUAGAAAUCCUGGUUUCCCUGCUCAGAGGACAUCCUGGUUGGCUGGGAAUGAUGGACUGUCAGCCUCACUUAACUGACCGGCAGACUGACCUACUGACUGAUAUCCUUACAAAAUUCUUCCAAAUAUUUGUAAAAUCAGGGAUGAACUUGCUGGUCCAUGUUGACCAUUGCUACAUUUCCACACCUGCCUAUAGAUGGCGUUAGUGAUACAUUCAAUAUAGAAAAGCACCCCAGUAGAACAUCAGAGCACUACUUGCUAUCCCAGCAGCCAUUGCUUUAAGACCCGUAGAAUGAUCAAGUGUUUUGUGAAAUCCAUCAUAGAUUUUCUCCCCUAGAUAAACUGCAGAGAGAAAAACAUUGAAUUAUCCAGUGCCAUGAAAUGACCUACAGAGUGGCCCUCCUAUUUUAAA